AUGCCAUCUUAUCGCUUGGAGCAAGCCUCCACCGGCAGAGCCGGCUGUCAAAACAAAGAAUGCAAAGACGAGAAGGUCAAAAUCGCCAAAGGCGAGCUCCGUCUUGGCACCUGGGUUGACACCGAGCGCAUCCAGGCAUUUUUCUGGAGACAUUGGGGCUGUGUAACACCCAGAAUCAUUGCUAGUCUCAAUGAAAAUCUUGGGGAUGGUGACGAGAAGGAUUACGAACAGCUAGAUGGCUUCGAAGAUCUUACUCCCGAAAAUCAGGAGAAGGUCAAGAAGGCGCUGGAGCAGGGCCAUGUCGAUGACGAUGAAUGGAAGGGGGUAUGCAAUUCCCUUUUCCUUAUGACUCUUCCCUCCCGAUUGUUAUUUUCGGGACUCAAUGCUGUGUUCUCGAUUACAGGUGCUGACGCAUAUAGGAUGUUGAAAUGA